AUGAUACACCUUAAAAAGAAAAAUUUAAGAUUAGAUGUUAUUUCUGUUAUAGGAGAAUUUAUGGAUAAUGAAUUAAUUGGUGAUCCUGAAGUUAAUUGUGAAGAUACAAUGAUGAGUAUUAAUUUUAAGACAAAAAAACCAUUUAAUGGUCGUGUUUAUGUUAAAGGUAUGGCUAAUGAUGAUAGAUGUUCAAGAAAUUUUGCACAAAAUACCGAACAAAAUAAAUUUUCAUUUAUGAUUCAAAGUGGUGAUUGUACAAUGCAAAAACAACGAGUUACUGGAACUUUAGAAGGGAUGAUGGUUUCAUUAACAGUUGUUGUAUCUUUUCAUGGAACUUUUGUUACUAAAGCUGAUAGAGCAUUUAAAGCAAUGUGCUUCUUUAAAAAUAUUCGUCGUAUAACAAAUGCAAUUGAUAUGAAUAAUCUUGGUACAACAGAACUUUUAGACACAGCUAAAAUGCCAACAUGUACAUAUCAUAUUAGAAAAUCUUUGGAUGGACCAAUGGUUGCAACUGGUGAAGUAGGUGAUAAAAUUUACCAUGUAUGGGAAUGUGAUGAUCCAACACAUGGUUUUUUAGUUCAUUCAUGUUAUGUUGAUGACGGUAGAGGACAAAGAUUUGAUCUUUUAGAUAUUGAUGGAUGUGCAAUUGAUCCUAUCAUUCAACCUGAUGUUGUUUAUGAUGAAGCACACAAUAGAGCUGUUGCUGAAACAUUUGGUUAUAAAUUUGCAGAUACAAGUGUCCUAAAUUACCAGUGUGUAGUUGAAUUAUGUAAAAGAGCAAGUGGAGAAUGUGAAGGAUUAACUCCACCAGAUUGUACUAAACGUGUAAAAAGAAAUUCUCCUAUAUCAUUAAUAAAUGACAACAAUACUAUUGAACUUGAUUUAUCUGCAACAAUUAGUGUUGAUGAUGAUACAUUAAUAAUUGAAGGUUCUGAUAAAACGACAUCUCUUAAUGAAAUUAAAAAAUCUAAAAAAAUAACUAAAAUAUUUGAAAAUGGAGAAUGUAAUGCUGUAAUUUUUAUAUCAAUAUCAGCAACUUUAUUAUUUGGAAUUAUAGUUAAUACAGCAACCAUAGUAUAUUUUUGUUCGUUGAAAAAAAUUAUACCAAUUUUAAAACCAUAA